AUGGCAACCACUGUUCUCGAAGCACCAAGAUACACACAGUUAAACGUCCGGGUUUACCAGCACAACGGCUCUCUUCUUGCCGCUCUGGAAGUCCCAAUUGACCCCCGAGAUAGAUAUGUUUCCGCUGAGAUGCUAUACCGAUAUUGUUCUUCCAUAUUCAUCUUUCCUGACGAAAACGAGUGGGCCAUUUUUAGAUUGCGGGCAAACACCACUCCAGGCGCUACACUCCGACCUAGUGGUCGAAGCUUGGUAGAUCCCGGAAACUACAUGGUUCUGGAGAAAAAUCAGAACCCCACCACCGUCGACUUGACAACUAACUGUGCGCCACGCCGUGUCACAACCCCUGACACCCAUACCCAAUCCCAGGGCCAGGGUGAACGGGACCAUCUGCAAGCCAAAUUUCGCAACACCCUCCGCCAAAGAGACAAUUGCUGUGUAAUUACCGGGCAGACUAGGGCAACCACCUAUGAACGACCUUUCCUCGGUCUCGAUGCUACGCAUAUAUUCCCUGUCAGCAUGCUAAGUGAAUGGAGAGCAGGUGGAUAUCGGCAAUAUAUUACCGACACUCGCCCCGAUAGCGAGAUUGGAGAGUCUCGUCUCUAUUCUGCCCAGAAUGGGCUUCUCCUCAGCGCAGACAUUCACGCUCAGUUUAAUGAUUUUCAACUAGGAAUUGAUCCUGACUCUGAUCACAAGAUUAUCGUAUUCGGAGCGGACCCUGCAAAAAUGGGCGGUACUCGUCUCAGAAGCUCUGCCCGAAACGGGAUCGACGGCGUGUGUCCCGAGCUCCUUCGUUGGCACCUACGAAUGUGCCUGUACAAAAGCCUGAAAGUCAAUGCCGACCCACAGACAAUAUGGGAAGAAGAUCUUGGGGAAAAUCCUAUGGGUAGCAUUCUGGAGCAGCCAGACGCGGCUGAACGAAUGGAAGUUGAGCUUUUCACGCGCCUGGGAAGUUUUGUAGCGUAA